GAGUAAUAGUCGAAAUGACGUGGUAAAACAGAAAUAUCACUUCUCACUUUAAGUUAUAAUAUAUUAUUCUUAUGUACAAACGUAUGUAUAAACAUAUCUACAAAUCUUCUCUAUAAAAUCUCUUAUAAAUCAGUUUUGCAGAGAUCACAGAAGUAGCUACUCUAAGAACGAAAAAUUGUUAUAAUCUAAUGCGAGUAUAAAAAUUUUUCAAAGUGUUUGAAAAAUUAUAUUCACGACCGAAUAAACGAAUUAGUCAAUUAUAUACUUACGAAUAUACACGAAUAUACACGAUUUUAUAUUGAUGUACUGAGAAAGAAAAUAGCAUAAACGUGUAUAAAGAAGAAAUUAUUAGAGAAAUUCAACAAAGUUGUCAACCAGAAUGAUAAAUAAUCAACAUUGUGUAAUUCUGAAUACGGGCGAUACUAACAAUUAUCAUCAAUCGGUCUCAGUCAAGCCUUCUGUUGUCUCAGUAUCGAGUAUCGACUCAGAUGUCAGCGAUAGAAGAGAUGUACGUGAAGAAUUGUACGCGGGGAUCUUCAGACGACACAGGAAAACUAUAUUGGUAUUAGGCAGUUUUCUUAAGAUGUUAAGAGUGAAUAGAAACAUGAACAAUUAUGCUAGCAUUAAACCUAAUGAUGAAACAGAUGAAUAAAUUAAUGUUAAAAUUACAUUAAUUAAGUAAAAAAGAAUUUACUUUUAUAGAUUGAAACAUGAAUAGAAUAUUUAAAAUUAUAUUUAGU